AUGGCACACGAAUCGAACGACGUAGCUGCCAUAUGCUCCCAAUUCGAAGAAGCUUGCACCGACUUUCAAGUGCCUGCUACUCGUGCAGCUGCCGAACAUGUCUUGUCCUCUUUUAGGCAGAUCCCAAAGGUGUUGCCGAUCUCUCAAUACAUUCUAGAUCAUACGCAGAUCCCCAUGGCUCAGUUCCAGGUUGCUGUAGCGAUCGGCGAGGUUGCUGUACGCGACUACACGUUAUAUGCGUUGUCCGACUUGGUGCAGCUCAAGAAUCACAUGGUGGACUAUUGCAUGAAACGACCAGAUUUGAUGCGAUAUGUUCGUGACCAGAUCCUUUCAGAUGUGGCCUUGAUAACCAAACGCAGUUUAUUUGAUGUCUCUGAUGCGGAUCGAGAUGCUAUUUGUGCAUCAGUGAAACAAUUGAUAUCGAUGCAGGACCAUGGAUCAGUGGUUGGUGUGGCGUUGGCAAGCGCACUGGUGGAUCAUUUCUCGAAUACCAAGACAACCACCAUUGGUCUCAGCUGGGAAUUCCAUCACAAGGCCAAGGUGUUCUUUGAGACCCAAGUUUUACUUGGCCUCUUUGAGCAAUCGGUCACACAACUACACGCACUUGUAUCACAGCAGCAGCAAACGCCAUUGCUUGGUGAAUUAAUCACACUCUUGGAAAAGAUCCUCCACUGGGAGUUUGCAUCCACAACCACGACCACCGUUUUGCCAGGAACCUUUGCAAAGAACGAUGCAGAUGAUGAUAUCAUUGAUAAGGAAGAUGGUCCAGGUGCUAUCAAGAAGACGUAUACGUUGUUCCCAAAGGCAUGGCAACCCACUGUUGCAAAUACCGAUGUUCUUUGGCUAUUCUUCAUGACAUAUGCAAUGGUCCAGAAUGAUGAUACCUUGGGACAUCGAUGCCGUCAAAUCCUUAUUCAGCUUGCUGGGUUCACCAACGAGUUCUUCAACAAUGAUAUCAACGCCACUCGACAAUAUGCAACCACUAUGGUCCAUGGCGUAUUACGCCUUAUGACAGACAUACUCAAUGCCGGUAAUGAUCCUUCAACAUUAUCAGAACAUGGUCCUCAAGUGCUUGGCACCAUCCAGAUUAUCCGCCGGCUUUUCGAGAACCUAUCCCUUGGCGUAUUGUGCAGUGUCUCAGAGUUCUUCAGGUUCCUAAAUGAUUUUGGCAAAAUCACUGUCGCUUGUAUUCGUGGUGCCACUGCUCAAGAUAUCGAUGAAGGGUGGAUCAGUGAAGCUGGUGAUGAAUGUCUUCAGACGUGGGUUCGAUUAGCUGAUCUUGUACAACCAACCGAUGGCCGAGGACCAGAUCCAAGCACUGGGCUUUCUCCUGCAGAGAUUGACAACUUGGCACAAUACUUGCGCAAUGUGUCAUUCCAGAUCGUUGAGACUUAUGUGGACGCAAAAUUGGAACAAUCAAAGCAAGCCAUUAUUGACGAGGAAGAUGAAGACGAAUUGGGUGAUGGUUACAAGGAUUGGGACACCUUUGCCGAUCAAUUGACAUGCAUUGGCACACUUGGUCGCCUGGACCCGCACAAGUCUUUGAUGCACCUUCAACAACUCAUGAAUGACCGCUUUGAUCGCCUUAAACAGUUCUUCACAGCAGAGACUACGGAUAACGGACAAUAUCUCAUCUUCUUGCAAGAGCACCUCCAUUGGAUCGUCCUUAUUACGGCCCAUGUUCUCGCUGAUGCUGGUAAAGGAGAGCAACCAAUGAUUCCAGAUCCAAUUAUGCAGCUGUCAAGUACCCAACCAUUGGACCAAGAUCAGGUUACAACUAUAUCAAGAACAGUGCUUGAAAUCUUCCGCUUUCUUUCCAGCUUUGGCGCUAAUACAGUCGAGGCAUCGAAUUGUAGCCCUCAAGUUGCCGAAACUCUUAUUUGGUUCAUGGAACGAUGGAGCAAGUCAUAUCUACUUGUGAAUGAGAAUGAUUAUGGGUUCAUGAGUCCAAAUAUUGCACGAGUUUUUGGUCGACCAGGACCAUCGGAAGGACAUGGCCUUGAGAUCAUUGACUUUUUCAUUGACCAGGUUCAAGCCAACUUUAUAUUGUGGAAUGCUGAUCCGGAUGUUCUUCACCAGAUCAUUCGAUGGCUGAACACAUGCGGCAUUUCCAUCAACCUGAAGACUGGUUUUCUUCAAUCAGACAAAUUCCCACUCUUGGUACAGUUCAUUACUGAAAAUGUGCAACAAUUGCCAGAGGUCGUCCAUAAUUCCCUUAUUCAAACGAUUGCGACUAUAUCCAGCGGUGCCAGCGAUUUCCAAGUACGAGAGCGAUAUCUGAAUCUCAUCUUCUCAAUGAUUGAGAAACGUUUGGGCUCUGUGCUUCAUCGAUCGGAUUUUAUGCAAUCGUAUCAACGUGCCGAUAUCAUGAACGAGGUCUUGAAUGCGCUUGAGAUGUUGGAUGGCCUUGCAUUGGCGAGCGAAUACAACAACACGCAAAUCAUCUUUCAAUUCUGCGCCAGGUUUUUCGAGAGCUUGUUACAGCUAAUGAACAUGUACAAGACCGUGGGAGAAGUUCAAUUGUUGAUCCUUCAAUUGCUUGCAGAUCUUGCUGGUCGCCUGGAUUUCGGUUUGUUACAACAGGAUCAGAAGCAAAUGUUGUAUCAGAUCAUUGUGGAGAUCUUUAAGAGCUAUGGAGCGAGCAAUCGAGGCAAGAAACGUCAACACGCUCAAGAAGAAGAAGCCGAUCGUCCCUAUCCCGAUAUUUCAACUGCACUUUGCAUUCUCACCAAUAUAAUGGCAUCCGAAUUUGAGGACUUUAACCGAACAGAGAAUGCGGCGCCUACGCCUCCUGGUAGUGCUGAUGUGGCCGAUGUGGUGUUGUUCGGCGUCAAUGUCAUUAUCCCCAUGAUUGAUUUGGAGAUGCUCAAGAUUCCAAACCUUUGCCAGCAAUAUGUCAAGCUUAUAUCCAACUUAAUAGAAUUCUUCCCCGACAAGCUCAUUGGAUUACCCACCGACCUCUUCAAUAAUCUCAUAGCCAGCCUUGGAUUUGGAGUCUCGCAUGAUAUUGUCGAUGUGAGCAUUCUCGCCUUGCAAGCCGUUGCACCCUUGGCGCUUUGGGCUCAUAACCAAUUACUCGCCAACAAUGCUAACAACGUUGAAUUCGUGAGACCGGCCUUGAACAAGUUCCUUGAGCAGGUCGUCAAGCUACUGUUAUUUGAUAACCUCGAUUCAUCAGUGGUUGAUGCUGCUUCGGAGGCACUCUUGUCAUUGAUUUGUGCAGAAAGGGACUCGUACCUGGUCAUUGUCAAUCAAAUCAUUUCACAGCAAUCAGGAGAAAUCCAACCACGACUACUACAUGCUUUUGAAAAGCUGGAUGCUUCUACUCCACGGGAAUUGCGUGGUGUGCUACCACCCAGUCGCAACGUGGCUGGUUUCAAGGAGGCCCUUUUUGUAUUUCUGGUAGACGUAAGAGCUGUCCUUCGUGUAAAAUAA